AUGUGGUUCGCGGAGACGCCCAGCAAGCGAUGGGCCGAGAAGUUCUUUCUUUACUAUUCGCCCGUUUGGAUCACAUGGGCUCUCGGCAUCAUCGUCCCGUUUCAGCUCUAUAAGCGUUUCACGGAGUGGGAGUACCUGUGGGUGGGCCUCGCAGCGGCUCUGCCCUGCGUGCUCGUUCCACCUGCCAUCCUGUGUGCGGCUGACAAGGGGCGGCCAUGGCAGGAGCAGCACUGGGUGAAGGCGAACGUGUGGAUUGCCAUUUUCAGCUUCGUAGGCAACUACUUUUGGACUCACUACUUCUACACGCUCUUGGGAGCUUCAUAUACUUUCCCCUCCUGGCGGCUCAAUGAUGUGCCCUUUGCGCUCUAUCUGCUCACCCACGCCUACUUCUGCUUCUACCACACAGCAACAAUUGCAAACUUUGAGUACUACACCUUUGUAGACAAGGCAGCCAUGUACCGCGUUGGCACACUCUUCUACGCUCUCUACUUUGUCGUCAGCUUCCCUUUCUUCUUCCGAAUCGAUGAGGACCCAUCAGACAGCUGGCCUCUCUCCCGAGUGGCAGUUGACUCUCUCGGAGCAUCCAUGCUGGUUACCAUACUCCUUGACAUCUGGCGCCUUGUGAUUGGCCCAAUUACACAGCUGCCACAAACCAACACGUGUUCAAGCGGCCUCCCCUGGAUGGGGUAG